GCAGUUCAGUUUGGCCUUUGACUUACCGGUGGCUGGACCCUUCGCCCCAGAUGCCGUCGUAGCCAUGGGCAUGACGCUUCGGAGGGAAGUGGAAUGCCUAACCAAGGAGCACACGGAGACCAGGCAGCAGUCUGAGAAGGACCGCUCAGCGCUGCUGUCCCAGAUGAAGGUUCUUGAGGCCGAACUGGAGGAACAGCUGGCUCGACAUCAGGCCUGUGCACGGCAGGCCGAGGAGCUCUGCGCACUGAGGCAGCAGAUGGAGUCUCUGGACAAGCACCUGCGGAGCCAGCGGCAGUUCAUGGAUGAACAGGCCGCGGAGCGGGAGCGCGAGCGGGAGGAGUUCCAGCAGGAGAUCCAGAGGCUGCAGGGGCAGCCCCAGGGCCCCCACCACGGCCCCCUGCAGCAGGCGCCACUGGAUGAAGAGGUAGGUCCCUCUCUGCUCCCUCUCAGGUGCUGCCCUAUGAGGGGGCGCUGUGGAGGCCACCCCACGCUGGCGGGGUGA